CUUUUGAUUAAAUAAUUUUAUCACAUGCUCAUUUACUUUCACUGCCUUCUAUUCACAGAGAAAUUGUCGAUUGUAACGCCAGAACAGCUGCGACUUAUUUAUAAUUUGUACUACAAAUAUUAUAAACUCUCAAAAGCUGAUGAUAAUUAAAAUAAAAUUGUGUGUUUGUCUCUCUCUUUUGUUCAGUAUUCGAGUUCAUUGUGAAUUAGCAUGAAGUUUGAUAAUUUGCUAGAGGAACCCGUUGUGUCUUUAAGUGAUAGAAAAAAUUAUAAAAUUUUAAAAUUGCAAAAUGGCUUAAAAGUUUUGCUAAUCAAGCAACAGAGUGAUAAUGAUGAUGAGUUGUGUAGAUAUAAGAAAUAUAAAUCAAAUGCUGCGGCUGUCGCAUUGUGUGUUGAUGUAGGAAGUUUUAAAGAUCCCAGAGAUAUACAAGGAAUGAGUCAUUUGUUGGAACAUGUGAUCUUCAUGGGAUCCGAAAAAUAUCCAAAAGAGAAUGAAUUUGAUCAAUUUGUUUCAUCACACGGCGGAUAUGACAAUGCGUAUACAGAAAGUCAAUACACUGUAUUUCACUUUGACAUUAUUGAAAAACAUCUUGCUGGUGCUCUCGAUCGAUUCGCAAAUUUAUUUAUAUCACCCUUGAUGUCACUUGACAGUAUACAAAGAGAAAUCAUUGCCGUUGAAUCUGAAUUUCAAAAUAAUAUAAAUGAUGAUGAUGUGAGAAUAAAUCAGAUUUAUUCAACGAUGAUAUGCGAUGAGCAUCCUGCUUCAAAUUUUAUUUGGGGAAAUUCAGUGACCUUGAAGGAUGGAGUCGAUGGAAGAAUCUUGUAUGGGAAAUUGCACGCAUUUAGGAGAAAAUAUUAUACGCCAAAUCGGAUGUAUUUGUGCAUUCAAUCAAGUAUUGAAAUAAGCAGACUCGAGAGAACUGUUAUUGCUACGUUUUCAGAUAUUCCAAUACCAAAUGAUGCAAAGAUUCACGAUACAAUUGCUUCAAAUAAUCCUUUCGAGAUUUUUAAAUCGGAUUUCCACGAGAAAAUUUUCUUUGUUAAAUCAACAUCGGAGAAGUGCAAGCUUCUUAUGACAUUCUUAUUUCCAACAAAUCCAAAAGAAUAUAAAUUCCUCGAAUAUCUCGCAUCAUUGAUUCAAUAUGAAGGUCCUGGAAGCUUAUCAGAUUAUUUCAUGGAUGAGUUGCUAGCAUUAAAAGUGAAAGCUCGUGUGGGAUAUCAAGACUUUGGAGGAAAUUCAUAUUUUACAUUCUUUACGAUCGAUGUCAAUUUGACGUCGAGAGGCUUUCAAGAUUUUGAUUGUGUUUUGAGAGCAAUUUUUGCUUACUUGCUGCUGCUUAAGUCGACUAAACUUGAAGAGCAUGAAACGAGGUUUAAAGAGUUUAAGGAAAUCAGUGACACCUUGUUCAAAUACCGUAAAGAAAAGUCUGCAAUUGAAAAUGUUCAAGAUAUUGCUGUGAAUAUGAAAUAUUAUGAUGACAAGAACAUCAUUAUUGGAAGUGAUUAUUGUCCUGAUUUCAACGCUUCCGUCAUGAAAGGAUUAAUUGAAAAGCUCAAUGAGAAAAAGUUUAAUCUCUUAAUUUUAUCAGAUAAAUCUUGUGCUGCUUAUCAGAUGAAAGAAAAAUGGUUUCAAACUGAAUAUUCUGCUGUUAACUUUCCACAAGAGUAUAAUAAGCUUUGGAAUGAGAGAUGGCUUAUGAAUGAGCUUUACCUACCAUCACCAAAUAAAUUUAUAUGCAAAAGUUUUGGGAUUUUUAAUAAUCCAACAGAGCAAGAUGAAAAGUUUCCACGAAAGAUUUUUGAAAAUGAAAUUUGUGAAUUAUAUUAUAAGAUGGAUAAAAAUUUUAAGCUUCCGUAUGCUUACGUCUACAUUUUCUUCAUCUCACCGCUUUCACAAUUGUCAACUGAGAAUCUCAAUAUGACCUCUAUUUAUUCAAUGUGCGUGAAAAAUUUCCUAUCUGAAAAAUUAUAUCCAGCGACACUCGUCGGUUACAGCUAUAAAUUGAAUUCAGUCGAUUCUGGGUUGAUUUUACGGUUGAAUGGAUUUAAUGAAAAAUUACAAUUGAUUCUCGAGAUUAUUACAAUGCAAAUGAAAAAGUCAAUUACAAAAUGUACUUUUGAGACAUUCAGGAGGGAAUUGAAGAAAAAUUGUCAUAAUUGCAUGACGGAUUUGAAUAUAUUGAAUGAUGAUUACAGACUGACCGUCCUCAAGCAGAAUCAUCGAUCAUUCCACGAAAGAUACAAGCAAAUUGACUCAAUUAAGUAUCAAGAUUUUAAACUUUUCGCAACAAAAAUUCUCGAGACAUUAAAGAUGAAAAUAUUAAUCCAAGGAAAUAUCGUAAAAGCACGCGCUGAGUAUCUCAAAGAAUUAAUAGUAGAAAAUUUGAAGCCACAAAAAAUUAACGAUUUUCCAAAUGAAUCUCAAAUUUAUGAACUUCCUCUCGGCUCCACUUACAUUAAAAAUAAGUCAUUACGCAACAAUGAUUAUAAUGCCAUUAUUAAAAAUUAUUAUCAAGCCGGAAGAUCCGAUAUUAAAUUGGAGUCUCUCACUGAGAUUUUAGCAAGUAUCUUGAUGGAGCCACUUUUUGACAUUCUUCGAACACACCAACAACUUGGAUAUGGAAUUAAUUGUUCAGCGAGGAAAAAUAAUCGCGUUAUGGGUUUGGUAAUUACAGUCGAGUAUCAAGAGAAUCUUCAUUCGUCAGAAUUCAUUGAUGCGAAAAUUGAAGAAUUUCUGAUUGAAUAUCAAAACACCUUGAAUGCGAUUAGUGAAGAAGAUUUUAUUGCCGCUAAACGAUGCUUCAUCUCAUCUAAACUCACUUCAAAUACAGAUCUUGAAGUUGAAGUGAUACGGAAUUUCGAUGAAUUAAGAAAUUACGAAGAUGUUUUCAAUAGACGAGAACUUGAAGCGGAUGAAAUUGAAAAUAUCACAAAAAAGGAAAUUUUGGAAUUUUAUAGAAAAGUUUUGCUCGAUACAGCGACAAAAAGAAAAUUGUCAGUACAGAUAACAGGCACUAAUGGAGCGAAUGAAAAUUGUGAGACGAAAAGUGUUAACAAUGUGGAAAAUUGUAAAGAAACGGAUUUUAAUGAACUUCAAGCGUGCUGCAAAGUUUAUUCUUAACCGUCAAUAAUUGUUCUGUAUUUUUCUCAAAUUUAUCUGUGAUAGUUGAUGAUAAAUUGUGAAUUAUUUAAAUUUAUUGUUUAGUCUAAACACUCACUUUUGUGUACGGGGAUGAUCGCAAAUUAUGUCAAUGAAAAUUGAACUUUUUUGAUGAUUUUUUAAUUUUGAGCAACUUUUCCAAUUUGUCACAAAAUAUUAGCUGAAUAAUCUACAUUAAACUUAAAGCUAUAUGGGCUCGGUCGAAUAAAAAGUU